UUAGAUUGGCUGAGCCUAUGGGAAAGGGGCGGGACUUGUGGCUGAGUCCUGGCACCAGUCUGCUCUGCAAUCAGUGAAAGGUGGAGAUAUUUUCACCAUCACACUCUGACUGUCACACGCACGGGAGGAAGAAACGAGAGGCAUAGAAACGUAACAGGACUAUGGACCUGAGCCUGCGAGAUGCUUUGGGUGGAGGUGGAGGUGGGGUCCCAGGCGGGGCCCCUACUGAAGCCCUACUGAAGAGAGACUUUGUAGCCACACUGGAGAAAGAGAGCUAUGAUGACAAGGUGGGAGAGACGGUCUCCAAGAGCGACUACCGACCCUUACUGGAUGGAAAGGACACCAAGAGCGGUCCAGGGAUGAUGUCAUCACUGAUGUCAUCAGGGGUACACCAAGACUCACCUGGACAGCCUGCCUUCAGUUCUGACUACCUGUCUGGCUUCUCUCAGUCUGGGAUGGGAGGGACCAUGGGGUCCAGCCUGCCACCGUUCCAGACCAGUAUGAGCUCCACUUUCGGCCCGACUGCGAUGGAUUCAGCUAUGGACACCCAGAAGAAUUCAGGCCUGUUCGGUGUGGAAAACAAAACUACCAGUAACACCAGUGGAAGCAGUCAGUUUAAAACCAGUGAUCUAUUUUCUUCUGGUGGCCUGGGAAUCCACUCUAUGGAUCAUUCUAAAGCUCCUCUCCUCUCUCCCAGCGGCUCAGUGGAUGACAGCAGUCCCAGUCCCUCCACCUCCGAACCCAUCAGCCCCGAGAGAGUGAGGCCAGGGGGCAAGGCUGGCAAGCAAAAGCGGAAGAAGAAGAAGAGGAAGGACCACAGCGAGGUCUACGACUUCUUGGCUAGCCAGGAAAAUAACAUUGGCCAAUCAGACAAGCAUGGUAUGCAGGAUAAGGUCGGAUGGGAGGACGUAGACGACGACGAGAACGGGGAGUGGGAGAUCAGAGAGAGUGGAGGAGGGGGUAGAGUAAAAAGCAGGAAGACUAAGAGUCGGGCAAGACUUCCACAGGAGUGGGGAGCGCCCCAGCAGCACAUCUCUCCCACGAUGGCUACAGUUGCUCCUACCUGGGCAGCAACUGCCGACUCUGGUCCUUCUGACUCCAAAGCUCCAAACUCCAGCCCCAGCCCUGUUUUGCCCUCUGCCCCUGCACAAAUACCCACAAGUUUCACUAACCGUUCGCAUGCUAGCCUUGUUACAGAUUCAUCUCCACACUCCUCUGAGCCGAUGUGUGUAGACGAUUUCCCGAUGUCUGCUAAAGGUGGUCAAAAAGCAAAGAAAGACAAAGUUUCGAACAGCAAACCUGAACCUAACAUUAGCUUAGUGGCUAGUGCUGCCAACAAUAGUAGUUUAGCUGGGGAUGUUAGAGGUAGUCUAGCAUUGAUGGCAGGGGACAAUCUAAGCCCAGUUUCCCAGACCUUCUCCUUCCUGGAUUCAGUGCUCCAGAGCCCUCCAGGCUCCACUCUUGACUCACAGACCACCACCCCUAUAACCAACACUCCCUCCCUUGCUAUUGCUCCCCUGACAAAGUCCACCCCAACAGAAACCACCAUCCCUGCUUCACAAGCCACUUCUGUUUCCAAACCCUCCAAGAGCACUCCAAACCUUCCUUCUGCUUUCACUUUGUCCACCAACCCAUCACCCUUAGCUGCUGCAGAUACACACCCACCAACAACUGCAGUCGGAUCAGCCCUCAACGUUGAUGCCAAGCCUUUCGUCCCCCCAGCCACACCUAGUAGGACUGCAGUCACUCCUCUUGUUAGGACAGCAGCAGCAGCCUACACGGCAACCACUGCUACUGCGACCACUACCCUCUCAGACACGAUCCUUAGUUCCUCAGCUUCUCCCUGUAAGAAUGAAGCCUCUCCCACAUCAUCAUCAGACACUCCCCCCCAAAACGUAGCCACGCCCUUUAGCUCAGUAACAGCCACUCCCCCUUCUUCCAUCACUCCUGCAGCCCCUCCCUCUCUCACUGCACACUCAGAGCACCAGGAGUCUUCGUCGCCACAGCUCCCCCCAUUGGAAGUGAUAUCUGACAACAAGGACAAGCAGGAAAAGACAGACCUCAUGUCCAGCAAGACAGACAAGAUCGACACCUUUGACAAGAAAGAGAAAAAAGAGCAGCAGAAGAAGGACAAUGGCCCAGACAAGAACCAGAAGUUAGAGAAGGCCGUUAAAGAUGAGGAAAAGAUGGAGAAGGUGAAUGUGGAGAAAAACAACAAGGCCAUCGAGAAGGUGGACAAGCCGGAGAAGACCAACAAGAAUGAGAAGAAGGAAGAGGAGAAGAAGCCGGCUGAGAAGAAGGAGGAGAAGGAAGUGAAAGGGACAGCCAAGUCUCCAACAGGCAACGGCAGCAAGACUCUGCCAAGCCCUGACAGCAAGAGCAAGCCUAACGUGGGUUCAACUAAACCAAACUCAGCCAAAUCCCGCCCAUCCACCCUCUCAACCAAUGGCGAGGCCACCUCGGCCAAACGCCCCUUCCCCACCACAGCCUCAACCAAUAAAAAAAGCCCUGUACCCAAGGCAACCACACCCACCACCGUCAAGCGUUCGCCAACGGCAAUUGGUUCCGCCAAGGGUGCCAAGACUCCAGAAAAUGGUACGGCUGAGAAAUGCCCACCUGUGCCAAAGGCCACGCCUUGUGCAACUGCCAAUAAGAACGGCUCAUCUGCGACGGCUGCAAGUAAAACUGCUUCGAACAAGAAUAACAAGACUGAGAACAAGACAGGAGAGGCCAAGAAACCCAAGAGUACAGCCCGUCCUCGCCCGACCUCCACCACCACUCCUGCUACUCCCGCUGCCUCCACUAACGGUGAAGCCUCCGCUCACCGCCGCCGGGUUAUCACCAAACCCCCCGUGCCCAAGCAGACCCCACUGGAGAAGAAGCCGGCGGUGCCACGUGUUCCUCGAACCCCCCGGCCCAUCAACACUCCAACACCUGACCUGAAGAAUGUCCGGUCCAAGAUUGGAUCCAUUGACAACAUCAAGUACCAGCCUGGUGGAGGAAAGGUCUCCUCCACCCCGAGCAACAAGGCAUCCGACCCCUCCACCCCUGCCGCCAAGACCAGAGUUCAGAUAGUGCACAAAAAGCUGGACUUCAGCCAUGUCACAUCCCGCUGUGGCUCCAAGGACAAUAUCAAACAUGUCCCUGGAGGUGGCAAUGUGCAGAUCCUGAAUAAGAAGGUUGAUUUGAGCAAGGUGACGUCCAAAUGUGGCUCCAAGGACAACAUCAAACAUAAGCCAGGUGGAGGUGAUGUGAAGAUUGAGUCCCAUAAACUAAACAUUAAAGCUAAGUCUAAGAUUGGAUCCCUGGAUAAUGUGGGGCCAGGCAAUGGACAGACCAAUGGACACAAGGAGGAGAAAACAGAGGAGAAGACAUCUUCACCACCCAGUGGUGCUCUGACAACAGGACCAGCAGGUGUUGCUAUGGCAACAGCACCAGGAGGUGUUGCUAAGAAGAAUGGGGUGAAGGAGCCCACACCUACUCCUUUUGGGGGAGACGGACUGAGGGAGCCCCUUAGCAUAGACAAACGCAUCACUGAGACAAACUGAGUGUCCCAGUGACCUGUGAUUUUGGACAUGCAUGGCGCUUGCCAACCUGCCAAUCAACCAACUAACCAACCUACCACAGCGCAGUCACUUCCCUCUGGCCCCGCCCUUCAUCUCGCCCACUGCAGUACUGAACUGACCAAUCGCCUCUCCGUGUUUCUCUGGGGUCCGCCUGCCAGCUUCCUGCUACCAACCCUGACCUUUGACCUCUUGUCGCCCUUGGGUUGACCUUUGGCCCUGCCCACCACAGAGAAGAGCACUUGCUGUUUGUCUGUGUUUCUCUGUGUGGGGUUCCACCAGCUUCUCCACUGACAAAAUUCCCUUUUAAUCACUGAUUUAGAGGACUUCAACCUCAAAUUUAACAACCUCAACGCAAUAAACCCACUAUCGUAGUCAAUGCUGUAUGGAAGUAUACUGAGCAUAGUCAGUUUUUUCAUAGGAUAUUUCCACUUAUGAGUCUAAUUACUGUUUUAACAUGUGUCCUUAUAGCACAAACACCCUGCCUCAGAACUCAGUUUCUAAGGCUAAUCUAUGGUUCCUCUUACAGGCAUUCACAAUUCAAAAAUAGUUUGAUCUUCCAACCUUGAUUGCAGACCUAUGCUAACACUACUGUUUGCCCUGCCUCCAUUUCCUGUCCAUGUCCAUUUAGCUCCAGACCACACUAACCAGCUGAGGGCCUGCUACUGGCCAGCAGCAGGGCACAUACUGCUUCAAGUCUGCUUCAAAUCAACACAUUUCAGCCUCCCAGCCAGCCAGCAGUUAUUUUCAAAUCUACAGUAUCUACAGCACUGCACAUUGUCUAAUUAUAGGUAAUUCUACAGCUCACUCAUCAAACAUUAUUUCCCAUUACAUCUCUUGGUAUCAUUGCACCAGUUUGUCUCUACCAAAUGUAUUACAAUACUGCUUGUUUAUUUCUGGACUAUUAAUAUCAUGAUGCUCAUAAUUAGCAGUGAUCGGUGCAGAGGACAAGGGCUUAUGUGGAGUAGAGGGGAUACAGCUGGAGAAGUUUGGAAAUAGAUCUAAAGCUAUAGUUCAAAAUCAGUGCAGAAAGUCAGUGCAGAAGCUAUUAGGAUGUCAGUCAAUUUCUGUGUUAUGUUUCAAGAAAAAAUGCAUUCAUAAUUUAAUGAUGUGAUUAGUGCAUGAUAAUCAUCAAGAAAGGUAGGCAUAAGUGAAGGGGGAGCUCUGUUGCUUCUCUGGGUAGCCUUGGCUCAAAAAGGAUUCUGCACUGAACACAGGUAUCUUGAAGCUAAGAUUACAGUAUUUGACCUUGAAGGAGUGAAUGCAAAGUCAAGCUGAAGGAGUGAACAGGAGUAAUUAACCCUUUCUGAUAACUGUUAAACCUUGGAGUUAAACUGCUUGCUGCUGCACCUUUAAGUCAAGCAACAUGAAAGCAUUAAUGCACAGUAUACUGUAUGUAGCAAUUUUCUUAUUGCGGACAGUGUCAACCACCAUGUCACAGGCUGCUGUGUAAAGACCUGGUCACGCAAGCACUUAAAAUAGAUUUUUAUGACAAAAUCAAUUUAUUGCAAUAGAAUUGCCAUAAUCAGUGGUUUUGCUCACGCUGGCAAAGUAACACCAUUAAAAUCUUUUGCAUCAAGUUCAAGUUAGUGAAUUUUGACAUGCUAAUUUCCACCAUUGACCAAUAGCAAGCCAUCUUAACUGUGCUGUCCUUUGAGGGAUCGGUGAGCUGGACAGUCCAAAAUGUAGGAAGCUAUCGUAGCUUAUUAGCUGUGUUACACCAUCCACUUUUAGUUACCCACCUCUGUUAACUGCUCCACAAAAGAGGAACUAUUCCUCUUUUGUGGAGCAGUUAACAGAGGUGGGUACAAAUGUCAUGGUACAAAUAUGUCUUUUGAAUAAAUUGUGUGAACAUACUUUCCUAUUAGCAACUGUGCUAACAAGCUUGCUUAAUUAGCAGGCUUGCUAGCUUGGUGAGGUUUUUCGCCUCUUUAGUAAGUGAAUUAAAUGAUGUACAGUCCUAAGAACAAAAUGUCUCUUGGUACUGACUAGUGCUAGCAUGUUCUCUUCUUGCUAGGGUCUUAGCCGUUAGCUCACCAGCUACAGUAGUUUACCAACUAGCCCUGCAAUUAGUCCCUACGUCACCAAGCUGCUAGAACCACAUAGUAUUUUGGGAAGAAGCGCGGAUGAAUUUCACCAUACUACUUUCUGGUUUGCCCGGGCCUUCUUAAUUCUUUAUUUGGAUCCGCAUUAGCUUCCAUGAAGUGGUAGCUAAUCUUCCUGCAACACAAUGUCCGGAAUAUUUGUUAAAGGGACAGUUCACCCCAAAAUCAAAAAUACAUAUAUUGGCUGUAGAGAUGUCUGCAUUUUUUGGAAUAUAAUGAGACUAUAUGGCACUCAGCUUGUGGUGCUCAAAGUACCAAAAAAAAAUUAAAAACUCAACAGCAAUGUCUCUUUCCAGAAAUCAUGACCCGGUUACACAAGAUAAUCCACAGAACUGCUCACAACAAAUGUGUGGAUUAUCUUGAGUCCACAAACUACUGUGGAUGGAUAAAAAUGACCCAAAAAAAAGCACCUUAAGAAACAGACUUAUUUCAGUGGAAGACUUAGACCUUUAUCUCUAAAUAAGCUCACAUACUGAUAUGUCUGACCCUUUGUAUGGCACAAGGUUUGGGGGCAUUAAACCCUUUAGUCUUAAUAAGACUAUGUCUGCCACAGCAAAUGCAACCCUGUUCUCCUGCACCAUAUGGUUCCCGCACUGUCUACUUUGUAUUUGCAGAGAACAGCCUGCAAAUACUGUAGUUGGGACCAUCCAGUGUUGGUUGAAGUUGUCUUUCUAGUGAACAAAUCUCUACUUGUAAAAUAGAGAUCCACAUUUUAAGUGAUAAAAACAUUAAAGUGGUUGUAGUACACUUAGUUUUAAAGAAAAUCUAAAUCAGUGUUUGAUGAGAAGUAAGCUUAAAGUUGUAGGGAACAUUAUCUUUUAAGUUUCCACAAUUGUUAAAUGUCUUAAAUGGGGCUACACAGCCACACCCUCUUUUAAGUCCUCCCUUUAGCCAGUGCAUCUUAGAAGCCUCUCUAUGAGACCUGCUAACUUUUUUCACACACAAACACACUUACACAUAAGCACAGAUAUAUACAGGAAAGCACACACAUGCUUAUUGGUGUGCGUGCACACAUACACACACACAAACAGAAAUCAGCACAUAUACACACCUACAGUAUAAUACACACAAAUACAAAUCAGCACCCUAAAAUAAAAACGGUAUGCUGUCAUAGAAGCAUUUCUCUGUGCUAGAAUGAAACCAAUUCUUUAUUGUGUUUUGGUGGUCUAUGCUGAUAUUGUUAAAACAAUGAUGAGCAGUGUCGGUGUGUUGUUCCUAUCAUAGUCAUUGUCGGACAUUUUCAUCAUAGGCUCAGCUCAUCCUGCCUGCUUCUCAUCUAUGUCCUCUUCCUGUGUUUCACUCCAACAGCAAUACAGUGAUAGUAGGGAACACCUCCUGUUACCCACACAUACACAUGACGUACAUACAGAGAGAUGGACAGAGACAGAGAAAAACCACACAAGUUAACAGGUAGUUAAGAGAAGAGCGAGUUCCCUUGCAGGAAGAACUGUCCAUUAAAGGGAAUAGUGUUACAUUCAUGGCAAGUCUGAAGUUGGCAUUUUCUUUGCAACAUUUUAGUGAUUUACUGAGACUAGAGACUGUUUAGUAGAUUGUUUCCACAAUUGUUAAAUGUCUUAAGUGAUCUAGUGUGGAGAAAAGAGGUAACACUUUUUUUUUUGCCUGUUUUGUAUUAUUUUACGAAAUCACCUAAAUUCAGUUUUGGCAUUUUAGAUUGUAUUAAAACAACACUGAUGUGACUUUGAUUUACAGACCAAAAGCAUUAUUAUGUGUCACAGCAGUAAAAUGAGUAGAAGCAGCCAUCAUAAUGGAGAAGGCCCAAUCUACUCACAGUCUAUGCAUUGUGCAUUAAAAGCUGGGAUGGUCGAUGCUGAAACUAUGAAGGAUUAGUGAUGUGAUUGUGGGGUGUUGCUGUAGUUGUCAGAUGUGUGAAGUGUUACUACUGCAUCCAUCCUAUAGAGAGCGCUGCUUAGCCUCUGGAACACUGAUAGUCUGGCUCUGAGACUCAACAAAGGCUGACUGAGAAACCUUAAUCUUUAGAGAAGCUUCUGUAGAGUUACAUACUACUGUCAUUUAAACUAGCUUUGAUGGCCAUGCUAUAUUAUUGUGUCUGGAAUACUAAAAAUAUACUAAAUAUUAAUUAUGUACAGUUCCCCUCAAAAGUCUUGUGCUCUUUGAACACAGCAUUGUUCAUUUCUUGAUGCACUGAAGUGAUAUAAAAGUUACUUUUCUGUAUAUUGGUAAGACAUUGUCAACUGUGUACUGUACAUGUGCUUUUGGGAGCAAAACAGUCUUGGUAGUUAGAAAAAGUUAUGAUAAUCAAAGAGCAAGUGAUCAAAUAGUCAACAAUAAAGACUAGACAACUAUAUGCACCAUAUAAGCAUACUUAAUAUUCUACUGUUCCCUCCAAAUCAUUCCCAUGAGUUGCUUAAAAGUAAAACAUGAUACAUGACAUGUUUGGAUCAUUUGGGAAAAUGAUAAUGUGAAUCUUUCUUUGGGAAUAGAAGAGCAAAGGGAUGAAAGCACUUUGAUAGGUGUAGACAGUGGUUUGUGUAUAUAAAAUAGGAACAAGUUGUAGUCUUUAUGUGUGUUGGAAGCUCAGUGUAAGAGUAUGUUACGAUACGAUGUUGUGUAUUUUGGACGACACACCAGUACCCCUUUAUCUUGGUCAGCUUAGAGAAUUUUAGUGGAAUUUUGGUCAUCGGCGUUGUAUUAUUGGCUAUGAUGGUUUAACACUUUCCAAUCUGCCCUCAUGUUGUUCCUGUCAACAUUCACUGGUUAUUACUUUCUGACCAAGCUAAAAAGUCACAUUUCCCAAUUGGGAAAGUUCCUGUUUAUGGUCAGUUAAAGGACCAUACUGAACUUAUUUGAUAUGUUUUGAGAGGACUAGUAUCAAAACUACCUCUGGUAGAAUAUUUUGUCAUGAAUGAAUUUCACUCCAAUGCAUUCAGUAUGUUAAAGGGAAAGUUCACCCCUAGAUCAAAAAUACAUAUUUUUCCUCUUACCUGUAGUGCUAUUUAUCCAUCUAGAUUGUUUUGGUGUGAGUUGCCAAGUUUUGGAGACCAUGGAGAUGGCCAUGGAGAUGUCUGCAUUUUUUGAUUAUAAUGGGAAUAUAUGGCCAAAAAAUACAUUUGAAAAACUCGACAGCAAUGUCCAGAAAUUAUGACCCCGUUACUCAAGAUAAUCCACACAUUUGUUGUGAGCAGUUUCAUGUAGGAACUAUUUUUUUUCUACCAAUAGUUCCUACUUUAUUCUAAUGAUAAAGAUCGUGAUUCUAUUUUACAAUUUAUGAAUCUACAGGCCAUAAAGUAAAAACAAAUUCCAGUUAAGGGUCAUAUUUUGUAUAACUAAUUAUGUGUGAUUUAAGUGAAAUCAAAGUGAAAUUAAAUUGAAAACAAUUUCAAUUUACAUUACAGAAUUUUUCAUAUACACCUAUAAAUUCCCCAGAAUUUGGGAAUUUUAUUAUUAAUUUUAUUAUUAAAAUGAGAUGGGUGAUGACAUCUCACAAAGGUCCCUGGACAUAGUCAGCAUCGUAAACCGCUAGGCCACCAGGGCGUCGCAAGAUGACAGUGAGGGUUUCAUACAGAUUCAUGCUUUUAGUACUCAGUAGUAACCAGUAUGGUUAUUUGUGGAAUAAAGUUAACUUUGCAGCUUAGACAAAAGGUAAUAACCAGAUUCACACUGAUAUCCUUUCACAACUGUUUGAUUCCCCAGUUAUAGCGCUUGAAUACCACCCUUCCACUAGUAUCUUACACUGUCCCUUCUACAUAACUUCCAUCAUGUUUUUAUCCAGAAGUAACUCAAAUAAAUCAAACAAAAAAGAAAAAAAAUCUUACUUCUUAACAAGGUGUUAAGGAUGUUGACAGAUGAGCUUUCACCUUCAUAGACCUGGUACCCUACCGUUAAGGUUAAUAACGGUAUUAUUAUAAGAAUGAAAGCAUAAGAAAGGAAAAAAAGUGUACUUUUCUUUUUUCAAGAAAAUGGCUGCUCAAUUCUCAAGAAUGUUUUUAAAAUGUAUUAAAGAUGCAAGAUUAUGAAUAUGUGUAUGAGGUUUGUCUCUGUUCUGUUUUGGAAGAUAGAUCACAUAUGGAAACACUAUUAACAGGAUUCAAAUUGACGGGCAGGAAGGGAGGCAGUGUGUGUCGUGCUUGGUGUGGUCUGAUAUAUGUCUUAACAGAAGCAUUACAGAAAGAAAACCUGGAAUCUCAGAAAACAAAAUAACACACUUCAGAAUUGGUUGGCAAACUUUAGUUCAUUAAAACAGAAAGAAACAAUCUGAUUGGUUUCCACUUAGGUUUGAAAUGCUCUACUCUACAUGUGACACACACUGGUCAGCCCUUUCCCCCACCUGCCACCACCCUCGUUAGACUAACCAGGCUUAGUCUUUUGGCAUGUGGUAGAAAGUAAUGUUCUGUAUUAGACACCUCCUAUAUAGACACCUUGACAUACCUACCAGCACAAGACUGAAUUAAAAGAAGUCUUGGACCAAAGUGUCUUCUCAGUGUCAGUAACAAAGGCUGAAAAUAAUGGAAUAUUUUUGACCAAUUUGCACUAUUAAAAAGCAUAGGAUAAAUCACUGAAUUCUGAGCUCAAAAUUACAGUAAGUUUGAACUUGACCUGUCCUAAAAGAGUUGGCUAAUUGUAUGAAAUGUAACUGGGAAAAAGGUUAAAUCCAGAAUAAAAGGGUGUUGGUAGAUAUGCACCUGGAGCUCCUAACUGUGUCUCCCACCUACAGAGGCUUGUCAGCAUCACAGCACUGAAAAGUAGCUUUCUCUACUUGUGUCCUUUACCACAUAUACAGCAGCAUGGUAAUCCAGUAAAACCAAUAUUCAAACUGUUUGUUUAUCAAGGAGAGCACAAAAUUAGAACUCUGUACUGUUUUGUACGCAAAGCAUAUUGUAUUGUUUUUAUUUAUCAGACAGGCUUUGUUUAUAGGGUUCAAACUACAUGUCCAAAUCUGUCACUACAAAUUUAGAGGAAACAGGCAAAAUAAUCUACUUUUCAGUACCGUGGAGUGGGUCCACUGUAGUGUGUGCUGUAUUAUUCUGUAGGGCACAACACCAUAGCAAGAGCAUGCAGAAAACAACAAACUGCUGGUUGUUAGCGCAUCUGUCCUAUUAGAUAGAGCUCAUCUCCCCCUUCAAAUCUGAAUAUUUGGUAUGAAAGAGAUGUUCAUUGUGAUUAAUUGUUAACCAGUGAUGUGAAUAUUAAUCAUGAAAUAAAAAGAUCAGCAAAAGA